ACGUAGUAAGGGACGCGUGCGUAAGGAGCGCAGCUGCCCUUCAGGAAGGGAGGAACUACAAGCAGACGAUUAAAUAUGCGCACAAUCCUCUUGUCUGCAAAUGUUUAAGAGAAACAACAAUACUAUCCAUUAAGAGGAUUGUUGCAAGUGUUCUGUUACUAAUAAAAAACGCCAAGACGACGAAUAAUUCACCGUAGAAAUAAGAGAAAUAUAAAAUGGCUAGCAGCUGAAAAUUGGUAUGCUGUGGCCACAAUGUCAAAAAAAGAAGAUUCGGGAGGAAAGAAAGGUUUUCACCAAACUGAACUUUACGCAGAGGUCCCUGCGACAUGCCUGCCUAUUGUCUAUUCCCCAGAGUACAACAUCACCUUCAUGGGUCUGGAAAAGCUGCAUCCCUUUGACGCUGGCAAAUGGGGCAAGGUCAUUCGCUUCUUAAAAGAGGAGCAGUUCAUCACCGAUGAGAUCAUUGUUCUAGCCCGGGAGGCCAGUGAGGCGGAUCUUCUUGUGGUUCACACUGCGCGUUACCUGAACAGACUCAAGAACGCUAUCUUGGAGGGAUCCAGAGAGUGGUCGCUGGUGGUUGCCACCAUCACAGAAAUCCCACCUGUCCUGUUCCUGCCCAACUUCCUGGUACAGCGCAAAGUUCUAAAACCUUUGCGAACACAAACGGGAGGAACCAUUAUGGCUGGAAAGCUGGCAAUGGAUCGAGGAUGGGCAAUAAAUGUGGGAGGAGGCUUCCACCACUGCUCCAGUGACAAAGGAGGAGGUUUUUGUGCCUACGCUGACAUCACACUAGCGAUCAAGUUUCUCUUUGAGAGGGUGGAAGGAGUUGCCAGGGCCACCAUCAUCGAUCUAGACGCCCAUCAGGGAAACGGCCAUGAGAGGGAUUUCCUGGAAGACAGACGCGUUUACAUAAUGGAUGUCUAUAAUCGCCACAUCUAUCCAGGAGAUGGAUAUGCAAAGAGGGCGAUUAAACGAAAAGUGGAGCUGGAAUGGGGCACUGAAGACAUGGAAUAUCUACAGAAAGUGGAGCUCCAUUCAGAAGGGGCGCUGAAUGAAAUACGGCCUGACAUCAUCAUAUACAAUGCAGGCACGGACAUUCUUGAUGGAGACCCUCUUGGAGGGCUGGCUAUAUCCCCACAGGGUAUCAUAAAGAGAGAUGAGAUCAUCUUCAGGGCAGCCCGGAGACGAGGAAUCCCCAUCCUUAUGGUGACGUCAGGGGGCUACCAGAAGAAAACCGCCCGCAUCAUUGCUGACUCCAUCCUGAAUCUGCACAGACAGGGUUUGAUUGGUGAAGAGGCUGUAGAGGGUGUGGGACCCUCACAUGUACCGCUCAUGAUGAGCAAAUCUGUGUCAUCAGGGGCCACGUUCAGUGCCAUUUAAACUCUCCUAAUCUUGGACCUUUCAAGUGUGUCAAACACACUGUUCAUUUAUCUAAUGCAAACAUUUAGAACUAAUAUAUAAUGUUCUGGUCAGGGAUCUAAUGGUUUGGUGGUUUGGACUGAGAUUGACUCAGGAUAGUUUUCGAUUUGAACUAUUUAACAUUUUUUGUCAUAAUUUUGGAGUGAAAUUUUGAAAUUGGGUAAUAUUUUUAAUUUUUUCAUCAUUUCUUAAGGGUAUUUUAUGCAAUGCUUGUUUGCACAUUACAUUUUCAAAGGAAUUGUUUACCCAAAGUAAAUUCUGUCAGCAUAGAAUUUCAAAAUCCAUUCAGUUUAUAUUAUAUGGAAAAGAACAUUUCUCAUUUUGUGUUCCACAAAAGAAAGACAAUUUUAUGGGUUUGGAAUGACGGAAUUUUCAUUGUUGGGUAAACCAUUUUAAUUGGUGCCCACAAUUAAUUGAUUUCUUCUCAGUUUCAAAUGUAAAAAACAAAUCUAAGGGAUACUGUACAUUAAUACAUUCCUCUAGAAAUCCCCACUUUGAGACCCACACAAGAAAAAUAGAGUUGAUUUUAUUGAGGAAUUUGCAUCAGCUGCAACACUAUAUUAGAUUUAUUCAAAAUUAAAUUAUGGCAUUAUGAAUCAAUUUUGGAUCCAUUACAGAUACCUCAUUGUGUCGACCUGCUCUGCUAUCACGCCUUUAAUUAUUCUGUGACGUUAAAUGGAAGUUGCUCUUAAGACGUGCUUUUGUGACCAGUUGGUUUUAGCAGCACGCAGGAAUUCUCAUUUGUGUGCAUCAGCAGGUGGACCAUUGUCAGGCUGAGUGCUUUCUAUCAUAUUACACCUGGCAGGCUUUUGAAAUGUCUUCAGGCUGAGGCCGGGCUCUCUCUAUUAAGAAAUGAAACUCUUCAUUGGAGAAGAGACACUUCAGUUGGUUACCAGUGACAGUUCUAAAGCCGCGAUCUUGUCUGGCACAAUUUAAGAAAAUAGUUCCUGUCAUCUAGAGAAUAAAUAGGAGAUUUGUUCAGAUUCUAAAUUCUAGUUUGAAAUCUAGAUUAUCAGAUUUUGAUUUUGUUUUUGUUUUGUGAUUUUAUUUUUAGACCUCAGGUGUAGAAUAGUCUACUAUUUUUAGUUCAUUACUCUACACAGAUUUACCACUGAAUUUGUCACUAUUGACAUUAUAAGCUUUUAUUUAAAGAUAUGAUUCACCAAAAAAUGAAACGUUUAUCAUCAUUUAUUCACCCUCAUGUUUUUUUUUCAAAUCUGUUUGACUUUUUUUUUCUUUCAUGUGGAACAUAAGUAGGACAUGAUAGAAAGAAAUAUGAGAUGGGAGGGAAAAAAAUUACAUAUCGAUGCUUUUGUGAUCACUCUCAAGACUGGUAAUAAUAUGAUAAUAUGUGGAAAUAAUAUGAAGUUGGAGAAAAAAAACUAUACUGUAUUUCAGUGCUAAUGCAAGUGGAUGUAAAGUUUCUUGGGGGAAUGUUUUGCAAGUAAGUUUUUCAAGGUGUCCAAAAGAAACGUAAAGUUUCUUCAAAAGUUUUGCAAGUGAACAUAUUGUUUCUCUGGGAAUGCAAAGGUUUUUCAAGAUGCACACCAAAGCAUUGAAUAUAACUUUUCUUUACAUCUCAUAUUUUUCCAUCACAAACUCCUGGUUUCUACCACUUUGUGUAAAAGAGAGCCGCAUGAACAUUUUCUAAAGUACCUCCUUUUUUGUUCCCAUAAUGAGGGUGAGUAAAUGAACUAUAUCUUUUAUUUAGUUUUAUUUCAAGCUCAAGGCUUGUAUUCAGAGGGUUGUCUUUGAAGCAAGUUAGAAGUUGAGCAAGUUGAGUGAGUUAGACGUUUUAGAAAAUUGCAUGAGCCAAUGGCGUGAUUUUGGGGCAGAUCUAUAUUUCUGUGUGGCUCAUGGCAGAUAAGGACUGCAUCCAUUUUAACAUGUUAGUUUUAAAAUCUACUAAAAUAAUGAUUAUUUAUUUUGUGAUUUGUUUACAGUGAUACCUCCCGUUCCACGUAUCAUGGUUUGAGACUUAGUGAGGUGUUUACUCUUUUUGGAAUGGCAAAAUUUGAGCAUUAUGAAUGUUUUUUUAGGUCUUGGGUUGAGGUUAUGAGUCUCAUAUUGCACUCGGGUGCUGGAGGGGUCUUGGUAAUGGACACUAAUGAGCGUAGUAGGGCUCUUUUUGUUUCCUUUCUUUUUCUCCUAAAUGAAAGGCGUAAAAGGAUGCGUAUGGAGGUCACUUGAAAGACGUGAACCCUUUAGCUCUAGCUAGCGGUUUAAUGGAUCCCUACAUGAAAAGGACCACCAUGGUCCUGCUUGAACAAAUGACUUUCUGAUGAGUAUUUCAUGUGCAUAGGUCUAAAUGGGAUUUCAAACUUGCCUACUUCAUUGGUAACAUUUUGUUUUGGUUGAUAACCUUGUGUACACCUUGAACACUGAACGUCUUAUGCACUUAUUGUGGUUUGUGCCACUUUAUGAAACAUGUAUAUUCAAUUUAUUCCUUUGUCUUGAAUUAUUUUUUAUAUAAAAUGACUUUAAUUAGUAACUCAUUAAUCAUAUCUUGUCUAUUUAAACCUGUUUUUAUAUAUAAAAAUACUUAAUUACUUGGGUAAUAUACAUUUAUACAAAUCUAUAGAGAUGGUGCUUUGUUAACAUCUAACAAAUGUGCCAAAUGUCUUCAUAUUAGGUUUGUCAUGUUGUUUUGUACCUGAAACAUUUAUUUAAUGCUGUUGUAAGAACAGGGAAAAUAAAUCAAGUCUAACAAUGCAAUUACCGAAGACCUUAUGUUUAUUGUAUACUAUAUCUGUUAACACUUCAAUGAUUUAUAUGACUUUGUUCCAUCAGCAUGACAUCUUCAAACACCUGCUGGUUUAUUGUUCGAAAGCCUCGCCACAACCGGAGAAGAUUAAUGUCGAAAGCAUAUGCUGAGCGGUGGGACAAAUGUGCUGUAUUAUUCAUCAUCUCUGCUUUGAGUCUCUUUUGUUAGUGUGUUUGUUUUGCAAUGCAGAAGCAGAUAUCAUCUACUUAUACUGACGUUUCAGCAUGUGUGUUGUGUUCCCAGGGAAUCAGACCCAUGACCUUGGCGUUGCGAGUGCCAGUUGAGCUGAAUGCCCAUGAUGUGGAUAUACUUUCAAAAGAUUGAUGUCAAAGUGAUUGAAACUGCUGGGCCUUCUAACUGGGCUUGAUGCCAGCUCUCACACAUCAGCUUUCAAAAGACAGUCCAUCACCCUUGAUAAGUGGCACCUGGAUGAGACCUGGAGUGCAGAGAUUCAGUCUGCAAGAGCUAUUAUUAAAAUCCUGUCAUGGGGACUUUCCUGUUGGCCAACAAUGUGACGGUAACUUGUUUUCUCCCACAUGUCCAUAGGUUUUUCUUGUUAGUGUCACUACACCCGCAGGGAACUACUAUAUUUUUGUGACCUCUUUUAGCGAUUCACUUUUUCCAGUAAAGUCCCAACUCACAGAUUCUACACAUUGUUGCACAAUUCUAAGAAUGAUGCGCAAGUUCUAUCAAAGUGUUCGUGUCGCUCUCUCUGCUGGAAGAGCUCUCAACAGCUGCUCAUUUUAGCCUGUAAUCAAAUGCCAUUCUCCCCCUCUCCUCACAAUGUCUCAUUGAAAGGCGAGUGAAGUACAUUGAAUGCUGGAGAUUUCAAGUAGGCUGGAUACACAAUAUUAUCUUAGCACAUUCUGAUGCAAGCAUCCUCAAUCUAUGCACUCUUUUUUAAUAAAGUGGGCAUUAUAAAGCACAAGAGAAAUGUGAUACUAAAAUUCGCAGAUGUUAGCCGAUCAAAAAAGAGGUACAUAUACAUGUUGGUGUCUUAAAGGUUUUAGACACCUGCUGUAAAGUAAAAAAGACAGUUUAUUUAAAAGAUUCGGAAUUUAUAGGUAAAGACUAGAUCACGGCUGUUUUUGAUGCCAGUAGACAAACAGAACUUGAGUGAAACAAAUACUUCAUUACGGCCUCUUUAAAAUGUUGUUUGAUGCCCAUUAAAGUCCAAAGCAUACAUGAAGCCAUCUUUUCUAUGGACUAGUUAUUAAUGGUCAGGCAUAUUUUGAUGUUUUCAAAGGGUUUUGGAUACAUAAACCAGCAGAACACCAGUUUGGCCAAAAAAAAAAAAACACUCCAGGCUGGUUUGAAC